CUCCAACUUGGAAUCUUCAAGUUCAACAAGUUAUUGAAGCAAAUUCUCAUGAAUUAUAUACAUACUAUCUAACUACGAGUAUUGAAGUUAUUUUGGAUACAAUUUAAGUUUGCAGAUAACUAAUUUACGUGUUACAUGUUAAUUUUAUCCCGUCUACAACCUAUUAUCGUAUUUCCUUAUUAAGAUUUUUUUUUUUUUUUUUGAAAGGCCUUAUUAAGAAUUAACCCACCUCAAACUCUAAUUAAUUAAAAUAAAGUCAUUUUGUCUAGAAUUUUCCCAUUCAAAAGUAUAAACUCGACGUACAAGCAUAAUAAUAAUCAUACUUUGUUUAACUAAUUGAGUUUGACUUAGAUCUUCCACGCUAAUACGUUACUACGAAAUUAGUUGUCAUUGACAGAAUUAUAUAUAAUUAUGUGAUAAACUCCUUGUCAUGAAGAAAGAUUAAGCAAGGGGUUAGAUAAGCUCAAAACGAGAAUUUUUAAACUUUGCUAAUUAUUCAAUUAACAAUUUAACAUUGACUGAUACACUCCAUAACAUUAUUCAACUAACCAAGGCCUAGUAUGUCUUACAGAGUACGACCUAUUCAAUGAUCCUGUUAGUCUACCAUUUGAUUCGAGUUAUAAUGGGAUUCGAUAUCAAUUUGCAGGUUAUUGAUUUCCAUAUGCAGCUGCAAAAUUACAAGCAGGUCGAGGAAUUGUUUAGGCACAAAUUUGGUGAAGUUGAAGCUAAAAAGAGGUUAACAAGUGCAGUCUACUUGUUUAGCAUUGGAGCAAAUGACUACCUUUCCCUAUUCUUAACCAACUCCUCCAUUUUGACUACUUACACCAAAUCCGAAUAUGUUGACAUGGUCAUUGGUAACAUCACUUAUGUUAUCACUGAAAUCUACAAUACAGGAGGCAGAAAAUUUGCAUUCCUCAACGUGCCAAAGAUAGGCUGUGUCCCUGUGUCUAGAAUUUCUAACGCAAAUGGCGAAUGUAACACAGAGCCUUCAGAAUACGCCAUGCUACAUAACAAAGCUCUUUUCCAUGUUCUCGAAGAGCUAAAGUUGAAGUUACCAGGGUUCAAAUUUUCAUUGUAUGACUUCUCCACUUAUGCACAACAAAGAAUUGACUACCCUUCAAAAUACGGAUUCAAGGAGGGGAAGACGGCAUGUUGUGGAACAGGCAAGUUUAGAGGGAUAUGGAGCUGUGGUGGAGCAAGGCUAGUUAAAGAGUUUGAAUUGUGCGAAAAUGUAAAUGAUUAUGUUUUCUGGGAUUCAACCCAUUUCACUGAGAAAGUUUAUGAGCAAUUAGCUGAUGAGAUGUGGAAUCUACAUUCAUAUGGAUCACACAGCAUCAAGGAACUCUUCUACUUAUCCUAAACUCAGGCAGAAUGAAGUAAAGCAAUGUGUAAAUAAUCAAGAUUGUAAACUAUGUGUAUUUUGAGCUCAGUAUGAAGUUUGUAUUGAAUGCUUGUUGCUUUUGUUGAGCUGAAUUGAUGUUAUACAACAAAGAUAUCGUAUAUAAUCGCAUCAUACAAAAAUCGGAACAGGUAAAGAUUAGAUUACAAAUUGCUCAAUGUAAAGAAGUAUGAUCAUGUGUUGUUGAUGGUGAGCCUAAUGUUCACUACUUGAAACAACAUAAGAUUGUUAGAAAUCUAACAGUCAAAUACAUAAGUCAUUAGUAAAAAGUGAGUGCAAAAGUCAAAAUAUUGCAAAUCUUGCAACCGGAAAAAAAAAAAUUAAAAAAAAAAAUACUUCAUUUGUUUCUUAAUACUUGCAACACUUCUCUUUUCACGCUUACCAAUACACUAUUUCAACCGUUAAUAUCUUUAAUUACCAAUGUGUAAAAUUAUAAAUAAUUGAUAUUAUGAAAGUAUAAAUCGAGACGAGUAAAACAAGAUCCUACAUGACUAUAUUUUUCCUAAUUUUUAAAUCACCAAAGCUAGUCAACGUGAGAUAUGUGAAUAGUGUAAAAGUCAAACUGUUGUCAGUAAAUAAAACAAAAAGUAGUAGUUACCAACCAUAUAUUCUCAAUGGCCACAUAAUGGAUUUGAA